GUGAUUUAAAAGGUUUGUUUUUGUAUUAUAUAUUUUAUCGGUUAAACUGUAAAUAUAUAUUAUAUUUAACAUGAUUUGCAUAUUAAUAAUUUAAACAUUUACGAAUAGGAGGACUUUUGAAAAAAGAUCUGAAUAAUAUAUAUUAAGUAGAAUCGUUUGAUGGCUCUAUAAACAUACUGUUGUAUUAUAUAAAUUAAAUAUACUUUCUACUCUUUAUUUUUUUUAUACUUUUAGAGUAGUAUUUUAAAUAUUAAAAAAAGUAAACACCAUGAAAGGACCUCCGCAGACCACCGAAGAGAUGGCCAUCAUAUUGGGUCGUCGUAUGGUUAGAGAACGAGAACGUUUGAUAGGUAUGACAGAUGAAGAACGUGCAUGGCGUGCACAGUUCUUAAAGGACCAAAUAUUAGAUCCUAGUGAACCCGUUAUACCAACCAAUUAUUAUAAAGAAAGGUAUAACCCAAUUAGAAGAUUUUACAGAGCACCCUUGGAUAAAUUUGAAAAUAUGUUGGUUCCCUUAGUGGGUAAUAUGUGGGCUGAUGGAAUACGUCAUAUUACAGCGAAAAGUAUUAUGGGAAUAAUUGGCAUAUACGUUACUUGGUACUAUUUUAAAUAUAAUAGACACGAUUGGACAAAAUCUGGAGGCUGGAGAGUAUCAUUUUCACGUACUAUACAGUUUCCAAGCGAUCCAGGCUUCCCUAACACUUAUAUUAAAAGCAAAGGCAAUGAAUUUGCACAAUAUGGAUUCGAUAAAUCACCCAUAUAAAAUAUAAAUAAUAUUAGUGUAUAUAUAGUUGUCUGAUAUAAUAAAUAAAUGGAAUGAUAGUGAUGAAAAA